AUGUCUGGGCAACAACACGCCGGAAAAAUUACAAAAAUCAUCAAUGGCCGCCUACUGCGCAAUCACGAAAUCGUAGAAAACUCGUAUCUCUAUAUCCAAGAUGGCAGGAUUAUCGAUGCUUUUCAUUCAUUCUUUGACCAACAGCGAGAACCUGACCACAUCAUUGAUGCAAAGGGUGCCAUCAUCUCGCCUGGUUUCAUCGACCUUCAGAUCAAUGGCGCAUUUGGUAUCGAUUUCUCUGACUAUGAAGGCAGCCAAGAAAAGCUGGCUAAAGAUAUUGCUGUUGUCGCCAAUGGAUUGUUACAAAAUGGAUGUACCGCCUUUUGUCCAACUGUAGUUACCUCUGCUCCUGAGGUCUAUUCCAAGGUUUUGCCAUUAUUAAGACAUCGCUCUGGAAAUGCUAAAACAGGGGCUGAGAUUUUGGGCGCUCACUGCGAAGGACCCUUCAUUUCGACAGAGAAAAAGGGUGCACAUGAUCAAACUGUCAUUCAAGAUGCAAGGGACGGCAUUGCGUCUCUGGAUAGAGCCUAUGGUCCCGAGUUACUGAAGGGCGGAGAAACGGUGCGCAUUAUGACAGUGGCUCCUGAAUUAGAUGGCAUGUUGGACGUCAUUCCUCAACUGAUUGAUCGCAACAUUACUGUAUCUAUCGGCCAUUCUGCUGCUACCAUCGAUCAAGCAGAAGCUGGUGUUGCUGCUGGUGCUACUUUUAUGACUCAUUUGUUCAAUGCUAUGCGACCAUUCCAUCAAAGAGAUCCAGGCAUGGUGGGUAUUCUAGGUGCUAGUGAUCUGCCUGAGCCCAAGCAGCCCGAGCGUCACCCUUUGCCUUCGUCCACCUCUCCUGACGGCAACAAACCUGAUCCUCGUCCAUUCUACGGUAUUAUUUGCGAUGGCGUCCAUGUUCACCCUAAUUCAGUCCGUAUCGCCUAUUACUCUCAUCCACGCGGCUGUGUUUUAGUAACAGACGCAUUGAGUGCAGCAGGGCUACCUCGAGGUAUCUAUCAAUUAGGUGGCCGCGAUGUUGAAGUGCGCGGUGUCAGUGGCGCGUACGUCAAGGGCACAAAUACCUUGGCUGGGAGUACCGUUACCAUUGAUCAUUGUGUACGUAACUUUAAAGAGUUUACAAGAUGCACGGCGGUCGAGGCAUUAGAGGCAGCUACUUUGCAUCCAGCUCAGGCACUAGGCAUUCAAGCAACAAAGGGCACAUUGAACCCUGGCAGCGAUGCGGAUCUGGUUUUUUUGGAUGAUGAUUUGCAUAUCCAAAAAGUGUUUGUUCGUGGUGAAGAGGUUGAACUGAAAGAAAGACAUGUUUAA